AUCAACAUCUCGGGGCUGCGCUUUGAGACCCAGCUGCGGACCCUCUCCAUCUUCCCCAACACUCUGCUGGGGGACCCCAGCCGCCGGGUGCACUACUUCGACCCACUCCGCAAUGAGUACUUCUUUGAUCGAAACAGGCCAAGCUUUGAUGCCAUCCUCUACUACUACCAGUCGGGGGGGCGGCUCCGCAGGCCAGUCCAUGUGCCUCUGGAUGUCUUCCUGGAGGAGAUACGCUUCUACCAGCUAGGUCAGGAGGCCAUUGAGACCUUCCGGGAGGAUGAGGGCUUCAUUCAAGAGGAGGAGAAGCCCCUGCCACAGCAUCACUUCCAGCGUCAGGUCUGGCUGCUCUUUGAGUACCCCGAGAGCUCGGGGCCAGCCCGGGCCAUUGCCAUCGUCUCUGUGCUGGUGAUCCUCAUUUCCAUUGUCAUUUUCUGCCUGGAGACCCUGCCUGAGUUUCGCCAGGAACCCAAGGGUACCCAGCAUGGCUUUGGGGAGGUGGCACCCCCCAGUGACGAUACGCUGCUCCUACUGCCACCAGCACCACCAACUGGGACCUCAUUGCCCCUGCACCCUGCUGCUGGUGGUGGCCCCUUCUUUACUGACCCCUUCUUCCUCAUCGAGACCCUAUGCAUCAUUUGGUUCUCCUUUGAGCUCCUCGUUCGUUUCUUUGCGUGCCCCAGCAAGCCUGAGUUCUCCCGCAACAUCAUGAACAUCAUUGACAUUGUGGCCAUCAUCCCCUACUUCAUCACUUUAGGCACUGAGCUGGCCCAACAGCAGCAGCAGAAGCAGCUGCCUGGAAGUAGCAGCAGCAAUGGGGGCCAGCAGCAAGCCAUGUCUUUGGCUAUCCUCAGGGUCAUCCGCUUGGUCAGGGUCUUCAGGAUUUUCAAGCUCUCCAGGCAUUCCAAGGGGCUGCAGAUCUUGGGGAAGACUCUCCAGGCCAGCAUGAGGGAGCUAGGCCUCCUCAUUUUCUUCCUCUUUAUUGGAGUGAUCCUCUUCUCCAGCGCUGUCUACUUUGCAGAGACUGAUGACCCUGACUCUCUGUUUACCAGCAUCCCUGAUGCUUUUUGGUGGGCGGUGGUAUCCAUGACCACCGUGGGCUAUGGGGACAUGUAUCCCAUGACAAUUGGUGGCAAAAUUGUGGGCUCUCUGUGUGCCAUUGCAGGUGUGCUCACUAUAGCCCUGCCUGUCCCUGUCAUUGUGUCCAACUUCAACUACUUCUACCACCGAGAGACUGAUCAUGAAGAGCAGUGCCAGUACACCCACAUCACCUGUGGGCAGAAGCAGUCCCCCUUAUCUGAACCCAAAAAGGGAGACAGUAAUCCAUCUUUCAGCAAAUCUGAAUUCCUAGAAGCAGAAGAGCUUCUGGAGCCCAUGAAAUAUUCCAAUUUUAUUCCUCCAAACAACCAGGGUUAUAAAGAGAAGAAAAUGCUGACAGAGGUGUGAUCAAUUUUGUUAUCCUGGAUCCAGACACAGUCCUGGAAGCUGCUGCACAGUCGGCUUCGCACUAGCAGCUGGAUCUAUUCACCAUUUACAUGCCAGACUGUGAAUUGUAAUACCAUAAACAGAAUGAUUGUGAUAAUGCGCUCUCUUAUCCUGAUUUGCUGUGUCUCAUUGCCUUGUGCCCUUGGGAAUGUUCUUUCUUUAUUCU